AUGAGAUGAACUGUCAGAAUGAAACGAACUUUAGCGUAAUUAAGGCUUUAGGUUGUCAGCUAGACUAAAACUCAUUAGCAUUAUGAGCUGUCAGAGUUAAUGGCCUAGUGACAAACGGGGGUAUAAAGAGAGGAACGUUGAACAUGUCGAGUAUUAAAUUGAUAUCAUCAGAAGGUGAAAUUUUCGAAACGGAUAUUGAGGUGGCCAUGACUUCAAAAACCAUAAAAAACAUGUUGGAAGGUUGUGUUAUUGAUGGCGAUGAAAAUAGUGAAACCAUUAUACCAUUAUCAAGGGUGAGCUCAAACAUUUUGCGUCUGGUUUUGGAGUGGGCCAAACAUCACCUAGACGAACCGAUUCAAAUUGCAGGAAACAAAGAAAAAAGUGACAUUCCAAUCCCAGAAUGGGAUGCCAAUUUUCUCAAAAUUGAUCAAGAUCAAUUGUUCGAAUUGAUUAUGGCUGCUAAUUACUUGCAAAUCAAAGAACUGUUGUAUGUCUCCAGCAAAACGGUUGCAAAUAUGAUGAAAGGCAAAUCACCCGAAGAAAUUAGGCAAAUUUUUGGGAUCGAAAGCGAAUUGAGCCCGGAAGAAGAAAAGAAGGUCCAGCAAGAGAACGAAUGGUGCAAGGAAAAUUAAAGAAAUAUCUUGAAACUGGUUUUUAUACCGGCAAACAACACUCAAAAACUAAUUUUUCAUUAAACACCUAAUAACUUUUCGAAUGCGUCACUUUUUCUUAUAUCAACAGUACUCCUUCCAUUCAGAUGUGGACCACUCUCUUUUUAACCUCCUUAUUUUUUUUUUAUUGAAUAACUACUAACCUUCUUCAACACUUAACCUUCUUAUGUUAAGAAUUUUAUUUUCUUAAUAAAUAAAUAAUUACUUAAAGAAAACAGAGACCUCGUAUAUUUUUUAGUCAAAAACACAAAACUCUUCAAAGUAAUC